AUGAGUGCAAGACUUCCCGGACAGUUUUCAGUGGUAGGCAGCGGAGAUCUUCCUGCGCCUUGGACGGGCUUCAACAUUGGAAGUUGCGGGCGGAAAUGGCUUGGCAGGGAAAUCCACGUCGCCCGCAGCCACUCCCUCAGCCUCGUCCCCGCCUUGUCUGUCGUAUAUUCCCCUUACCACCCCUAUUCAUCCUUCAUAGACCGUCUGCCUCUACCAAAACUAAGCUCGUGGGACCAUAUUCAGGUGCCUUACUACAUUUGUGAUGAGUUUGCACACUUGUACAAUGAUCCAUGGGCCACCUACCACCAAAGGCAUGGCUAUUACACGCCACAGGAGUUUUAUCCCCGAAAGAACAAGCCAUAUCCAGAUAAGUUCAAACCUCGUCUGGCCGCUUUUGUACAAUCGUGGCUCUGGUUCGGACUGUUGCAAGAGUUCUUGAAUGAAGAUCUCCAUCUUGAGGACUGGACUGCUCCCUGCAGCGUCGAAGGAGACGAAAAGAAACCCGCGACUCCUAUAUCGACUUCCGGCUUGUUGGCGAAAUUGGACCACUGGGUUGAGGUAACCCGAGGCAAGAGCGAUGAGGGUCGUGCCUCGGAGCUGAAGGCUUUCGACUACUUGCUUCAUGACGCUGACAGACAGGAGAGUCACUUUGGAUUAUCCGAAGGUUCGAAUUUCCUUGGAGCUUGGGAUGUCCUUCCUCAAAUACUGCUUUUGUCAUUGAAUAUCUUAAUCAACACCUUGAAGAUUGUGCGAAAUUCUGCUUGGCCUGACAUUGCUCCUCUCCCAAGGCACCCUGGAAUAUUCUACGAUAAAUUGGAGCGUAUGAUGAGGCACGACGGCUGGUGCCCCGUCGCUGUCAAUGCUUUGGCACUAAGUUGUGACGCGAUAUCAUGUUACUGCGUCUCUCUUCUAGGUCCGGUCAAGAGCCCUCAAGACCAUGUGGCUUGCAGCCCUGAGCUUUGCUCGGCGUUGAAGGUAGAUCACCAGACAUAUCAAACUCGACACAUAGAGCCUGGGUUCAUUCGCCUCGGUGGACCUGACGGCAAGCUGGAGGUUGCCGCAUCUGACUGUCUCGAGUAUAAUUUCGUUGCCAUAUCACAUGUAUGGUCAGAUGGACUCGGCAAUCUGCAUCACAAUAGUCUUCCAUCUUGCCAGCUACGAAAAAUUCAACAUCAAGUCAACGUUCUGAUGUGGAACUAUUCUUCGAAACCGGAAGAUAAAGCCAAUGCUUUCUUCUGGAUCGACACGAUUUGUGUGCCGGUGGGCAGCUCGUUCAGGGCUGAGAGGAAUUUCGCAAUCUCCCAAAUGGUUCACGUCUACCGAGAGGUCUCGAUGACACUGAUCCUGGACGCAGAACUAAACGACGUACCUUCGGACACGCGCUCAUGGGAACUCUCUGCAAGGAUCAACAGAACGGCCUGGUUCCGUCUGCUGUGGACAUUACAUGAAGGCAUCAUAUCACGAAGGUGCCUCUUUCAGCUGAGCGACUGA